CAGUGACGCGGCGCCGGCGUGCGUCGGUCGGCGCUAGGGCGCACGUCCUUGGCGCAUUUACGUAAAACCGUUGUUGGUUGACGGACGUGUUCGUCGCGACUGUUUUGUGAAUCUCAGUGCGUAGACGUUGGACCGUUGUUGGUGCGUCGUGCAACCCACUGGGCUCGGCGCCAGCAUGGACGCGCUCCUGGCAGCUCUCGUCGCCCUCAUGGCAGUGGCCGCAGCGAUGGCCGCCGUACUGAGCACGCUCUCAAAGGCGGCUAUAUUUGCUCUGCUCGCUAUCGCACCGUGCGUCUAUCGGUACAGGAAAAGGAUUUAUGUGAUUGUGAAAACAUUACCCAGGGAUACCAAAUUUCUAUGGCGCUAUGCGAAUGCAAUGCUCCGUACGAAGAUAUGGGCCCGCUCCAACACGAACGUGGUGGAACUGUUUACGAGGCGAGCGCUCCGCAAUCCCGAAGCGCCCUGCUUCUUUGUUGGAGACCAAGUGUGGACCUUCCAAGAGAUGGCCGAGAAGUCGAACCAAGUCGCCAGGGUGAUGCAGGAACACUUGGGGAUGAAGCGAGGUGACGUGGUCUGCGUAUUCCUGCCGAAUUGUGCCGAGUACGUGUACACGUGGCUCGGGCUGGCCAAGCUUGGUGUCGUGUCAGCCCUGAUCAAUAGCAACCUGCGGCACAAGCCCUUGAUACACUGCAUCAAUGUGGCCAAAGCGAAGGCUAUCAUUUACUCCGAUAGUUUGGUUGGAGCCAUAAACGAGAUCAACGAUCAGCUCCCAAAGGAGCUAAAGCAGUUUCAGCUGUAUGGCGAGAGUGCUCCAGGAGUGACAGAUCUUCUGGCGGAGAUGUACAAACAGCCGCCGGAGUACCCUGACGUGGCUGACAAACCUCAGUACAACGACACCCUGUUCUACAUCUACACCUCUGGGACCACCGGCAUGCCUAAAGCGGCUGUGUUGAAGAACUCCAAGUAUUUAAUAAUAGUGGUGGCCACGGUGCACAUGCUGGGGCUGAAGUCCACGGACCGCAUGUACAACCCCCUGCCGCUGUACCACACGGCCGGGGGGCUCGUGGGCACGGCAGCCGCACUCGUGGACGGGAUCCCCUCCGUGCUGAGGGCCAAGUUCUCCGCCACCAACUACUGGACUGACUGCAUCAAGUACGAGUGCACGGUGGCCCAGUACAUCGGGGAGAUGUGCCGCUACCUGCUUGCUCAGCCUGCCAAGCCUACGGACUCCCAGCAUCGCGUACGCAUCAUGGUGGGCAACGGCAUGAGACCGGCCAUCUGGCAGCAGAUCGUCGACAGGUUCAAAGUGGCCCAGAUAAACGAAAUAUACGGAGCGACGGAAGGCAACGCAAAUAUAAUCAAUGUGGACAACACGGUAGGAGCGGUCGGGUUCCUGCCCACACUGGUGCCAACGUGUUUGCACCCCAUCGCACUGGUGAGGGUGGAUGAGCAGGGCAACGUGGUCCGCGGAGAUGACGGCUACUGCAUACGAUGUCCACCCAACGAACCAGGGAUGUUUAUUGGGCUGAUUGCACAAGGCAAUGCUGCUCGAGAGUUUCACGGCUAUGUUGAUAAGAGCGACAGCAACAAGAAACUAGAAAGGGACAUAUUCCGCAAGGGGGACGCGGCGUUCGUGAGCGGCGAUAUCCUGGUGGCGGACGACCUUGGCUACCUGUACUUCAAGGACCGCACCGGCGACACGUACAAGUGGAAGGGAGAGAACGUGGCCACGGCGGAGGUGGAGGACGCGCUCGGAGCCGUCAUCGAGCGGCGGGACUGUGUGGUCUACGGCGCCUCGGUGCCGCAGACAGAAGGUCGCGCGGGAAUGGCGGCGGUGGCCGACCCGGGCCGCUCCUUGGACCUGGCGCGGCUGGCGGCACACCUCGACCACUCGCUGCCUUCGUACGCGCGACCACUAUUUCUGCGCAUCACCAACGACAUUGAGAUCACUAGUACAUUUAAAUUGAAAAAGUUGCAAUACCAGAAGGAAGGUUUCGACCCGGACGUCAUCAAGGAUCCACUGUACUUCCGGUCGGGCGCCACCUUUGUUCCCAUCACCACGCAACUGUUCAACGAUAUUUGUAAUGGAAAGGUCAAGCUCUAAACCUUAGGACACUUAUAAUCGUGAGCGAGAUAAAUUUUGUGUAUUGCGAAUUCGAUUUUUUUUUCUGAGCCCCAAAGGGAAUGUAAAAUAGUUAUUUUAGAAUACAAUAAUAUGUAAAUUUUGCAUACGAAAAAGUUUAGCGACAAAUGGUGAUUUAAAUAUCGUUUUUCUGGCAAAUGAUAGUGAUGAUAGUACAAUACGAUUUGGUCUAAGACCUCGGAGAAAUUUAAUGGACUGUAGUUAUAUAAUAAUAGAUGUACAUUAUUUGUAAUUUUGUUCCGUAUUUUUGAAAGUUUUUGUUUAGAGGGAGUAUCUAUCUUGUUUUUUCUGUAUCUAGUUCAAAACUAUUUUUUUUAAUGUCCUGAAAUUCAGGCUCCUAUAACCAGAUUGUAAAUUUUGUCAAAUGUGUUACAAGCAAUGCUCAUGUUGUCUACAGUGUCAAAUGUGUUACAAGCAAUGCUCAUGUUGUUGACAUACAGUCAAAAUUAUGUUAGUACGUCUGUAGAUAUAUAAUAUAAUUAUUAUCGUAGGUUACAUUCCGACGUCUAGUCUAAUUUGUAAUGUUUGAAUGCUUUGCAGUAAUUUUUUUAAGAGUCUUGCAAUCAUUGUUCAUCUGAAUAGUUACGAUAGUAGUAUUCAUCUAGGAUUCAUACUCGGUAUGGAACAUUUCAUAAAUAGCAUGUGAAAUUCCAUAUGAAGUGAUUUUUUAUGCCGUACCUGCUAUCUUUCUUCAUUCGGUCUCAUCUUCGUACAAUACCAUCCUUCGUAAUCAUCGCAUUUAUGAAGACCGCGGCUCAAACCGUGCGGGGCAUGGCUCCAUUUUAGUACUAUAAUAGUAAUCUGUUGCAUUGAAUAGACUUUAAGCUAGGUGCGGUAAAGUAUUUAUUUCUUUGAAAUAAUUUGUUGCCGAUAUCAAAAUCACUUGUUUGUUUCUGUACAUUUAAUUUCAUUAAUGUCUCGGUUACAUACCGAAUACUAAUUCAGUCAUUGCGUACGACGUGGACGAUUUGUGAACUUUGCGAAAAAUCACUGCCGCUGAAAUUUCACAUGUGAAGUCCAAUGUCGAUGAAAUAAAAAAUAACAAUCAAUUCCAUACUUGGUUCUCACCGCUCAUGUAAUGUAGCUCAGUUAUAUAAGAUAAAACAGCAUUCAGCAGGAAUUAUCGAAUAAAGUAAUUAUGGUUCCUUUUUAAUUGCUAUUUAUUUGUACCAACUCUUAAAUUGUACCUACUGUAAAAGUGUAAAUAAAGAUUAAAGUACAA